AUGCGCGGGCUUCCGGUGGCGUGCCUUGUGCUAGCGCAGCUGGCCCUUUCUGCGUCACCUGAGACAAAUGCAGCAGAGACUGCGAAAGGGGUCGCAGAUGAUGCGGACCUGGACCUGGAUGAUUUGGAGAACGACGAUGAGGACGACCUCGACGAGGUCGAUGGCGCAAGUGCAGGAGAGCCUGAAGCAGACGAUUUCGACAAGGACAUGCCAGAAGAAGAUCGCACCAUGCGAAUGAAGAUAUGCCUUGCAGGUGCCAUGGCAAGGUUGCACACUCACUCCGAGGAAGUCUCUCAGCUCGCCGCACAGCUUGCUGAACGUGGCCUGAACAAGCAGCAGGCAAUGAACUCCAUCUUCUAUACGUGGAUGAUAACGUGCUACGUGAAAAUCCCAGACGCGGAUGCCAAAGCCGCAGCGGACGGCAAUUCCGAUGUUCUGAAGGAUGCACAGCUUUAUGAACCGCCGGCCAAGGCCUCCAAUAGACAGUGGUCCUUGCUGGAGACAGUGCUGAAGGAGCACAUGGAAAUGCAGCAAGAGGCGCUAAAGAAACAGGAGGAGCAAAAAAAGGCUCAAAGCCAGAGCCAGCAAUCACGAAACGCAGGACAGGCGCCGCAGGAGCGCCCUGCUCCCAGCGGCUCUGGCAGCAAGUUGUACAUGCUCGUGGCCCUGGGCUUCAUCUUCGGGGUCAUUGGCCUUGGAAUCAUGCUCCUCAUGCAGAAGGAGAGAAGUGAAAGAGACGAAAAAGAUCGAAAGAAGGACAAGAAGGCUUCAAAGAAAAAAGCGUAG